AUGUCUAGUUAUGCAAAACAAAUCUAAACUUUCAAUUCAGGAACAUUUACAACUAUGAAUGAGUUUUAAUUCAUAUAGAAAUUAGGAACUGGUAGUUUUGGAAGUGUAAAUUUAUAUCUUCAUAAACCAACACAAAAGAAAUAUGCAAUUAAAAUUGUAAUUUUCUAUAAUAUUUUUAGAUGCCUGGAGAGACAAUUACAAAUUAAUGUGAAAGUGAAGGUAUAGAAAGAGAAAUAAGAGUUCAUAAAAAAUGUAGGAAUCCAAAUAUAGUUUAACUUUAUGAUUCAUUUUAUGAAAAUGAUUCUAUUUUUAUUGUUAUUGAAUAUCUUGAAAAUGGUAGAUAUAUAUUAAAAUAAAAUUAGGCAAUUUAUUUACACAUAUUUAAAAGAAUCCACCUAUGAGUGAAUAAGAAGCAUGUAAAUAUUUCGUUUAAACAUGUCUUGCAUUAUAAUAUAUGCAUUAAAAUAAUGUAUUUCAUAGAGAUAUCAAACCAGAAAAUCUUUUAUUAGAUGAAAAAUUUAAUUUGAAAGUAUGUGAUUUUGGUUGGUGUGCUGAAAAUAUACAUUAAAAGAGAAAGACUUUUUGUGGAACCUAUGAAUAUAUGGCACCUGAAAUAGUAAUGGAAAUUAUGUAUGAUUAUAAAAUUGAUUUAUGGUCAUUGGGAAUAUUGUUAUUUGAAUUACUACAUAAAUAUGCACCAUUUAAAGGAAAAGAUUUUAAAGAAAUUUCAGUUGCUAUUAAAUAAUGUUAACCCAAAAUUAAACCAUCAGUAUCAAAAGAAGCUUAUUAAUUAAUAUCUCAAUUAUUAUCUCUAGAUCCUAAUCAUAGACCUCCUAUAAGUUAAAUUUUAACAUCUUCAUUCGUAAAAAAAUAUAUCAACAUGUUGAAUUUAAUAGAACUCCAAGAAAAUAUUCAACCUAGAUCUCCACUAAGAUAAAUUACCUCACAGUAGUAAUUGAAAUGUGGUUCACCAAGAAGAAGAAUCACAGAAUAUAAUAUAAUGUAAAAACCAGAACAAAGAGUUAGAAUGGCAUCACCUAAACCUAUAGAUUCAUAAAAGCUUAUAUAAAAAAUAUAUGUAAGUCCUGCAAGAAGGAUUUAACCAAAGGGAAGAGAGAAUGUUCCAAUAAAGACAGGACCAAUAGAUGUAAGAGGAAGGGAAGCUACUAAAAUAAUAUAUAUGAAUUUAUGUAAUAAUAUUUCAUGA